ACAGCUUCCUCCCUAAUAUUUUGGUUCCAAUAAACCCCCAAAACCUCUGCUUAAACCCUUCGAAGUUCGAAUCCCCCAACCACCGCCAACCACCGUCAACCGCCAUGAAUUCCUUUAACGCCACCACCCCAAACUUCGACAACCUUCUCCUCCAGUCCCUAAUGAACCGUCUCCAAAUUCGUCCUCCUUCAAACCCAACUUCCUCCUUUUCCCCACAAUCCCUCGAAGAUCUCCUCUUCAACACUCUCCCUUUCUCCGACGAAGAUGAAGACGACGACGAUAAGGAGUCUUCUUCUUCCAAAUCUCAGCUAGCGAAAGAAGAAUCGAGGGUUGAGAAAGAGAUAAUCCGGACAAUUUUAACUGGAAAAACUGAUUCGCUAAAACCAAAUUCGGGUCAAGCUGUUGCUAUUGGUGAACACCAUAUAUGUAUCGGGUUUCAUGAGGAUACGGGUUCGGAUUAUCGGGUGUGGGAGUGGCAUGGUCAUAUCAUGCUUUUUGAUGAAGAAAAUGGGUAUUCACCUGAAUACAUAUACGGGAAUUACUUUGAAAGAGUUAAUGGUAAGCUUAUGAAGAAGAAACAAGAGGAGAAAGAAGAAGAGGAGAGUGAGAAAGAAGAAAAGGAGAGUGAUGAGAAAGAGGAGAAGGUUGGGAAUUUGGGGUUGAGAGAGUUGAUAUCAUCAGGAGAUUCGAAUAAUGAAGGAAGGAUUCUUAGGAGGAAUAUGAAUGCUGGCUCUACAAGGGUCUAGAGGUUUGCUGUUUUACACCAAAGAAACAAUUUGAGGUUUGCUGCGUAUUUUCGCUUGGCUGCAUGGAGAUUUUUUACAUUUCAUUUUCCCAAGCUACUUGGUGUUGUGUUAAAAUAGCAUAUUUGCAAAUUGUGAUCUUGCAUGGUCUGAAAUAUUGCAUUUGCAAAGCAAAAUUGGAGCUCCUAGCAGAUGAGAAUAGUUCCUUAUUUUCUUUAAUUCUCUCUUAAUUUUUUUCAAUUUCUUAAUUACAAGGGAGGUUGAAAAUCUGUUACAGAAUAAGCUACUCUUCUUUCAUGAUCAAAUGUUUUUGGAG